ACGAGUUUUCUGUAUAUUAUAACAUAACUAUACGUUAGUUGAUUAUGUAUGAUAAGGAUAUGAACUUUCACUGUUAGCUUUCAAAUGUAUAUUUUAGUCGGCCUUUUAGUCUUCAAACUGAUGUUGGAUAAUCAUGAAUUUAAAUAAUAAUAAUAAUAACAAAAGCAAUGAAUUGCCAACAAUUGAAGAGUCAAUACGAUUGGCAACUUUGGCCUUAGAGACGGCCAUUGAAACCAAUGGACUCGAGACGUCUAUACAAAUGUUAGAUCCUUUUGCCGACAAAUGUCUUUAUCACAGCUCAUUGCGAUCUAUUAUUAUUAUAUUGAAUGCCGGACUUACACUACAAAAGCAUGACUUGGAUAGGGCUACCCAAAGUUGGGCACAAACGGCUCAAUUAAGUAAUAGAUAUAGACGUACUGGACUUAUCAGCGAUUUGGUUAAACUAUUUAAAACACCCGACUAUAAUAAAUAUAGUGAUAUGGAAGUUCACGCUGAGCUAACUCACGCUAAAUUUUUGGGUCUGAGCGCACUGUUAGGUGCUUUGGAGGCACAAAACAUUUAUGCAUUGAUUAAAAUUGCAUAUCGUCUACGAUUGUGUGUCAACGCCUUCAGAGAGUGUAAAGUAAUAUUGAGGAGUAAAACCAAUUGGGAGUCAGAGCUUUCACGACAAAACUUUGAAGCGGGAGUCCGGUUGGCUAACGGCAUACAACACUUAAUGAUUAGUCACAUACCACCCAAACUGUUAAGGAUUGUCAACUUUCUGGGAUAUAAGGGAGUAGAAAGUCGGGCCUUACAAGAGUUAACCAAAACUGCUUUUGAAUUGCCCGGUCUGAGUGCUAGAAUAGCACAGGUAGUGCUUCUGGUUUAUUGGAUUGUCGGACAAUCACACGGAUGUCUCGGACCUAAAGACUUGACGCUUAGCCAACAAAUAAUAGACAAAGAAUUAAAACGAUUUCCAAAAAGUUUACUCUAUAAGAUAUUAAAUGCAAAAUUAGCUCAAGUGAGUGGUCAUAUAGAUGAGGCCAUCCAACUGUUUAAGGAUUGUUUAGUAGGCAAUGAUUUAGUUGUCACUCAUAAGCUCUUUCACAUUGAGCUGUCUUUUAGUUAUGCUCUCAAAUGUCAAUGGGAUGAAUGUAUUAAAUAUGCAGAACUGGUCCGACAACAGGCCAUUCAUUCACCGGCUAUUAUUACUUACAUUUUAGCCAUCUUUAAGUUUGCUAAAGCAGUCGAUGAUAAUGACCAACAAAUGAAAAAAGAGGCGAAUCAGUUGUUUGAGAGUAUACCUGAUAUGAGAAUCCGAUAUUUCGGUAAAACCAUAACACCCGAGAAGGUGGCCGUAGAGUUGUCCCUCAAAUAUGUCCGAAAUAAUCACUUUCUUCCGUUACCCGAAUUGGAUACCCUCUAUGGUAGUAAUCAUCUGUACUUUUUAAAGAAUAAUCCAAUAUAUUUGGACCGACAUUUACAACGCGUUGAUAAAUAUAUAUCUAUUUUUAAAAAGGAUUUCGAUGAAGGCAAUGGUGUUGAUAGCUAUGUAUCGGCUCUUUUCUAUAAAGCAUUUCUAUUGAAACUUAAGGGACACUAUGAGGAAGCAAAACAAUGUCUUAAUAUCAUCUUAAAUGAAGAGCAAAAUAUUGAGAAAAACUCGUCGAUAUUACCGCAAACAACAUUGGAAAUGGGUCUCAUCCAACUGUCCACUAAUAACUCAGAAGAGGCCAAAAAUUGGCUCAAAAAGACAAUGAGAGACUAUAACCGAUACCUUAAUGAAAAUUAUGUCCACUUAAGGAUUUAUGCGGCACUCAGGGAACUCGGCAUUAGUACUGAUAAACAAAGUGCUAAUCAAAACCAAAUUAAUCAAUUUGGAAAACAGUGGCUUAAAGACUUGGAAGUCGAAGAAAAGAGUUAUGAAAAUAUCUUAAAGACAGAUAAUAUGGUUUUAUCAAUCAAUUAGACCCUCUUUUAAUUUAUUUUAAACAUUUUUGUCUCAUUUUGUUUUGAUUUACCGGUACUAUAGCUUAAUAAUUAUAGGUAUUAUAAAUGAUAUUAA